ACCAAACAAAGAGAAUCUUGUUUUACUCCUCACACUUCACCUCUUUUCUUUUACUCUCUCUCGAGUUUUCUUCAACAAGAAGAAGAAAAACUAAUCAAUGGAAUCAGCAAAGUUAGAUCAGUUGAAACUCUUUAUCAAUCAAUGCAAAUCUAAUCCAUCUCUUCUUAGCGAUCCUUCUCUUUCUUUCUUCAGGGAUUAUCUCGAAAGUCUUGGUGCUAAUUUACCUGCUUCAGCUUAUAAAUCUGGAGAAAAACAUCAUGAAUCGAAAAGUGGAAUGAUGGAUGAUCUUGAUGAUGAGGAUACUGAAGAAGAAGAAGAGACAACUAAACCUAAAGAAGAAGAAUAUCACAGUGAUGAAGUAGUUGAAUCUGAUAUUGAACUUGAUGGAGAUGUUGUUGAACCUGAUAAUGAUUCUCCCCAGAAGAUGGGAGAUUCAUCUGUGGAGGUUACUGAUGAAAACCGGGAAGCUUCACAAAGUGCUAAAGGACAGGCAAUGGAAGCAAUUUCGGAAGGUAAGCUAGAGGAAGCAGUUGAGCAUCUUACAGAGGCGAUUAUGCUGAACCCAACAUCUGCUAUUAUGUAUGCAACUAGAGCUACUGUGUUUAUCAAAAUGAAAAAACCCAACGCUGCUAUUCGAGAUGCCAGUGCUGCUCUUGAGAUUAAUCCUGAUUCUGCUAAAGGCUACAAGUCUCGCGGUAUGGCUAAGGCCAUGCUUGGGCAGUGGGAAGAAGCUGCUAAGGAUCUUCAUGUUGCCUCAAAGAUUGAUUAUGAUGAAGAGAUCCAUGCUGUACUGAAGAAGGUUGAACCUAAUGCACACAAGAUUGAAGAACACCGUCGAAAGUACGACCGCUUACGCAAAGAGAAAGAGGAGAGGAAGGUAGAACGUGAAAGACAACGUCGCAAAGCUGAGGCUCAGGCUGCAUAUGAGAAGGCUAAGAAGCGAGAGCAAUCAUCAUCGAGUGGGUUCCCUGGAGGCAUGCCUGGCGGGUUCCCUGGUGGCAUGCCUGGCGGGUUCCCUGGUGGCAUGCCUGGCGGGUUCCCUGGCAUGCCCGGAGGAUUCCCAGGUGGCAUGCCCGGAGGAUUCCCAGGUGGUAUGCCUGGAGGUUUUGGGGGUGGAAUGCCUGCUGGAAUGGCUGGAAGUGGAAUGCCUGGAAUGGGUGGAGGUAGUGCUCCUGGAGGAAUGCCUGGAAUGGCUGGAAGUGGAAUUCCUGGAAUGGGUGCAGGAGGAAUGCCUGGGAUGGGUGCAGGUGGAAUGCCUGAUAUGUCUAAAAUUCUAAAUGAUCCUGAACUAAUGGCUGCAUUCAAAGAUCCAGAAGUUAUGGCUGCUCUUCAAGAUGUGAUGAAAAACCCUGCAAACAUCGCAAAGCAUCAAUCAAAUCCCAGAGUGGCCCCCAUCAUUGCUAAGAUGAUGAGCAAAUUUGCAGGACCUCAGUAAGUAAACAACAUGUGGGAGUUCCCACUCGGUUCGUUGUACAAGUUGGUAGAGAUUAGAGCUUAUCCUGAUUAUACUGGCUACAUGUAUUUGUUCAUUUUCUUUGUUUCUUCUGAUGUCAAAGUGUGACUACUGUCAGUUGCUUGCACCCUCUAGGUUUACUUGCUUGCACCCUCCAGGUUUACGACAAAUGAUUUAGACAGUUGAAACUGGUAUUAGUUGAUAUAACAAACAUUUGUGAAUGGUGGAGGGGUUCCACUUCAUGGUCUUAUCUUCCCUUAGUCCUUUUAAUGUACUACAGUGGUUUUUACUAAGUGAACUGUGAAAAUGAAUGCGACCAUGGCUCGCUCUUCUCGCCA